CAUGGCGGGGUCGGGUAGGUGAGGUAGGGACAGAAGAUUCCAUCAGUUCCUUCUGUUUCUUCUGUUCCUCGGUCAUUUCCUGUAUCUUACGUCCGCGGACUCGUCGCAGGAGAGUAGUAGACACGUGUGAACAUGGGUUUCCAAAAUAUCUGGUAUUCACAUCCACGAAAGUACGGUCAAGGAUCUCGAUCCUGCCGUGCCUGCGCGAAUAGACAUGGGCUUAUUCGCAAAUACGGCCUGAACAUCUGCCGACAGUGCUUCAGGGAAUAUGCGGCUGAUAUUGGUUUCAAGAAGCUGGAUUAAAUAUAAUGUAAGGAUUAGUACAAGCAAUUCAACAAAUCACUAUGAUUUCUGCACCAACACGCUGGAGUAAAAUUGACAACUGAAAAAUGGAGAUCCGAACAUCAUGCUGUACGGCUGUUCUUCUUGAAAUAAAUAUAUUUAUGUCCACAUAAGCC